AUGUCGACAUCUUCUGGUGAAACCAUUGCCGUGUCCGACUCCCAAAAUCUUCUUACCAUCAACAUGACAAAUGUCACAAAGCUUACAGGCACCAACUUCUUGAUGUGGAGUCAUCAAGUCCGUGCCCUCCUUGAUGGUUACGAUCUUACCGGAUAUCUCGACAACACAGUCGAGGUUCCCUCGCUCACACGCACCGUUGCUGGUGUUACGUCUGACAAUCCCGACUACAAGAUCUGGAAACGUCAAGACCGUAUCAUUUACAGCGCUCUCCUAGGCGCCAUUGCCGUGUCUGUUCAGCCACUUCUCUCCACCACCACGACGUCUGCUGAGAUCUGGAGUACACUCUCCUCAAUCUAUGCGGCUUCGAGUCGUGCACAUGUCCAACAAUUGAAGCAACAGAUCCAAGUUUAA